AUGGCUCCCGGCGGUGCCCCCGGCGGCGGGGGAAAUAUCAAGGUCGUCGUGCGUGUCCGACCUUUCAACGGCAGAGAAAUGGACCGAAACGCAAAAUGCAUCGUUGAAAUGAAGGACAACCAGACGGUCUUGACUCCGCCGCCAGAUUACGAGAGAACGGGGAAAGGCGCCAAGGAUACCGGUUCCAAAGUCUUCGCAUUCGAUAAGUCGUAUUGGUCCUUUAGUCGCGACGCUCCGAACUAUGCCGGACAAUCCAACCUCUUCGAAGAUCUCGGUAAACCUCUGCUCGACAAUGCCUUCCAGGGCUAUAACAACUGUAUCUUUGCUUACGGCCAGACUGGUUCUGGGAAGUCUUAUUCUAUGAUGGGUUACGGCAAGGAAAUUGGUAUCAUCCCCAUGAUUUGCCAAGACAUGUUCCGAAGGAUAGGGGAGAUGCAAUCAGACAAGUCGUUACGCUGUACGGUCGAAGUGUCAUAUCUCGAAAUCUACAACGAACGAGUGCGCGAUUUGCUCAACCCCUCGACGAAAGGCAACCUGAAAGUUCGAGAGCACCCUUCGACCGGUCCUUACGUCGAAGAUUUGGCCAAGCUCGCGGUCAGUAGCUUCCAGGAAAUCGAGAAUCUGAUGGACGAGGGAAACAAGGCUAGGACUGUCGCUGCCACGAAUAUGAACGAAACAUCGAGUCGAAGCCACGCCGUUUUUACGCUCAUGCUCACCCAGAAGAGAUACGAUCCCGAUACAAAGAUGGAGAUGGAGAAGGUGGCCAAGAUUAGUCUGGUCGAUCUUGCUGGUUCUGAAAGAGCAACAUCCACAGGUGCCACGGGUGCGCGACUCAAGGAAGGUGCCGAGAUCAACCGAUCGCUUUCCACCCUUGGUCGUGUGAUUGCCGCGCUCGCCGACUUAUCGACAGGCAAGAAGAGGAAGGGGGGUGGGCAUGGGCAAGUGCCAUAUCGAGACAGUGUCCUAACUUGGCUGUUAAAAGACUCGUUGGGAGGAAACAGUAUGACGGCCAUGAUUGCCGCAAUCAGCCCGGCUGAUAUCAAUUACGACGAAACCCUCAGUACCCUUCGAUACGCCGACUCUGCCAAGAGGAUCAAGAACCACGCCGUGAUCAACGAGGAUGCCAAUGCCCGAAUGAUUCGAGAACUAAAGGAAGAACUUGCGCUUUUGCGCAGCAAACUCGGCGGCGGCAGCGUCGGUGCUGGCAGUGGUGGUGCAGGUGCAGGUGCAGGCGUCGGUGGUGCCGCCGGUGCUGUAGUACCGCCAGAAGAAGUAUACGCGCCGGGAACGCCCCUAGAUAAGCAGUUCGUUACCAUCACGACGCCUGAUGGCGCAUCGAAGAAGGUGUCCAAGGCGGAAAUUGCGGAACAGUUGACUCAGAGUGAGAAGCUGCUUACCGACCUAAAUCAGACCUGGGAGCAGAAGCUGGCGAAAACGGAGGCUAUUCACAAAGAACGAGAAGCCGCUCUCGAGGAACUCGGAAUCAGCAUCGAGAAAGGCUUCGUCGGCCUUAGCACGCCAAAGAAGAUGCCCCAUCUUGUCAACCUGUCGGACGAUCCUUUGCUGGCCGAAUGUUUGGUGUACAACCUGAAGCCCGGUCUAACGACAGUCGGAAACGUGGAAGCCAACAGCGAACACCAAGUCAAUAUACGUCUGAAUGGGAGCCGCAUAUUACCGGACCACUGCGCUUUCGAGAAUGGGCCGGACGGAACUGUGACAGUGAUACCCAAGCCGGAAGCCUCGGUCAUGGUUAACGGUCGUCGAAUUACUGAGCCGAAGCAACUGCAUUCGGGUUAUAGAGUUAUUCUCGGUGAUUUCCAUAUCUUCCGAUUCAACCAUCCCAUGGAAGCAAAGGCAGAACGCGCCGAGCGAGCCGAACUUGGCCAGAGCCUUUUACGACAAUCCCUUACGGCGAACCAAUUGCAAAACCUGGACCUCUCCUCUCCCAUACCCAGCCCCCGACACGGACACGAGCGAAGUUAUAGUAAGGCUAUAUCGGAUUUUGGAGACAGUCGACCCGCCUCGCCUUCGCCCUUCCUCCGAAGUGGUAGGGACUCGGACUGGUCAAUGGCGAGACGGGAAGCUGCCGGUGCCAUCUUGGGCACGGACCAGAAUUUCGCGAGCUUGACGGACGAGGAGCUCAACGCACUAUUUGAAGAUGUGCAGCGAGCGAGAGCUGAGCGUGUCAAUGGCCGGGAAAAUGAAGAGGAUUCGGAGUCGGGCACUUCGUACGCCUUCCGUGAAAAGUACCUUUCCACGGGGACCAUUGAUAACUUCUCGCUCGACACCGCGUUGACAAUGCCCUCGACGCCGAAGCAGGGGGAGGUUGAAGAUAAGCUCAGAGACGUACGUGAAGAGAUGCAAUCACAACUCGACAAGCAGAGAGAGGAAUUCCAAGAACAGCUCAAAUCCGCCGAAGCUGCCAACGUAGAAGUCGAAGAGAUCAAGAAGGAGAAGGUUAGGAUGGAAGAAGCACUUCAGACGAUAAAAGAGGACAUGCAACGGCAGCUCGAAGUCCAACGCAAGCAGUUCGAGGAGAAACUAGAGAAGAUGGAUCCGCUGAAACGACCAAGAGCCAACCCGAAACUGUCGGAGGAGGAAAUCGAGCUCGCGAAGAAGGUCGUUGCGCAGUGGAGGAGUCGGCGGUACGUGCAUAUGGCAGAAGCGGUUCUUCAGCAUGCUUCGAUCCUCAAAGAGGCUCAAAUAAUGAGCAACGAGCUUGAGGAACAUGUCGUUUUCCAGUUUACCAUUGUAGAUGUUGGCCAUACUUUAUGCUCUUCAUAUGACAUGGUACUCAACGGGCUCACGGGCGACUCUGAUGAUGUAGCCCUAACGGAGGCACCGAAGCCCUGUAUCGGCGUGCGUGUGGUUGAUUACAAGCACAGCGUCGUCCACCUCUGGAGCUUGGAGAAGCUGCAUGACAGGGUGCGGCAGAUGAGGCAGAUGCACCAGUACCUCGAUCAACCGGAAUACGCCAAGGAUCUCCCAGCUGAGAACCCAUUCGUGGAGUCCUGCAUGCCGCAGUUUACUCUAGUCGGCGAGGUCGACGUGCCUCUGAAGGCAGUGUUCGAAAGCCGGGUCCAAGAUUUCGCGUUAGAUGUACUCUCGCCUCAUACCUCUCACGCUAUCGGCAUCAUGAAGCUCGCGCUCGAACCUUCGCAUGCUCGCGCCCCCACUAAUACCAUCAAGUUCAACGUUGUUAUGCAAGAGCUGAUUGGUUUUGCGGAGCGGGAAGGUACCGAUGUCCACGCACAACUCUUUAUCCCCGGCUUCUCAGAAGAGGAUGGGAUUACGACGACGCAAAUGAUCAAGGAUUUCGAUGAGGGUCCCAUCCGGUUCGAAAGUAUGCACAGCAUGAGUAUUUCCCUAUUUAGUUCGGAGUCUGCCAUGUUGCGGGUUGCCGUCUAUGCACGGGUAUCUGCUAUGCAUCUCGACAAGCUUCUAAGUUGGGAUGAUAUGAGAGACGCCGUCCCAAUGGUCCAAGGACAGUCGAAGGCAGCCAGGAUCGCCGAAUCACAAUUCUACACGCAGGAGAAGCAUGAUCUUCUAGCGCGCAUUCAAAUCCUCGAGAUGAGCGAGAAUGGAGACUAUGUCCCUGUCGACGUCACGCAGGUCGGAGAUAUGGACGUUGGUACCUUUCAGCUGCACCAGGGUCUCCAGCGGCGCAUUGCGAUCAAUGUCACUCACAGCUCUGGUGAUACCCUGUCCUGGGACGACGUCGUCUCUUUGCGAGUGGGUAAGAUACAGCUGGUCGACCGAACCGGCAAGGCGACCGACAAGGUGUCAGAAGGAAGCUCUACACCGCUCGACAUUUCCUUACGAUUGUCGACUAAGCCAAUCUUCCGCGAGAACGCGAAUGGCACGAGGAGCAUCACUCUUUUUGGCCAAUGGGAUUCCAGUCUGCACGAUACGCCAUUCCUAGAUCGAGUAACGGCCGAGAAGAGCCAAGUGCAGAUGACAAUCUCAUGGGAGAUUAGCUCCGGCAAGUUGGCUGAACCAAUGAAGUUUUCAUCUACUGUGUUCUGCCGGAUCCUUUCGAGGUCACACGUGCGCCAAACUUCGAUGCUUUCGGCGUUAUGGCAGACCACCAAGGUUGUGCACUCGUCGCCCAGCAUCUUCACGCUAACGAUGCGUCCCGCCCCCAUCAAGCGUGUCGGUGAUCUGUGGAGGAUGGACAGCCAGCACGACUAUAUCAAGGGCGAAGAACACCUGACAUCAUGGACGCCAAGAAGUGUUUCCCUCGUGCUCGACCACGUUGCCGCCGGUAAGAAGAAGAAGAGGGCAGCCGAGAUUGCGUCCGUUCAAAGUUUCCUGAGGAAGAUCCAACUACCGAAGAAGGAGGAGGAACCGGCGGCUGAGGAGGAGGAUGAUGAGCCUUUAGAACCUCCGCCGACGAAGUACUGCGACGACGACUUACUCAUCGACACCCCGGAGGCAUCACAAACGCUGGCAACGUGCGCAACGGAAGAAGCCGAAAUUAAUGGCGAUAAGCCUCAACCCAACGGUGUGAAUGGGAAGAAUGCUAAUGGAGAGAAGGAAGUGGAAAGGCCGGAAGAGAGCACGGAAUCGGAACAACGAAACCCCGAGGAAUCUCUCUACUCGGAUACAGAAAAGCUUCUGCUGGCCAAAUGUGUCAAGUUGUGGCAGAAGUAUCCCGACCCCUUACGACGAAUCCUCAGUCCCGAAAACACCGCGCCACCGGCCGACGGCCUCACCGCGCAGCCCGCCCCGCCGCCCAGCCUAAUCACGACGGUCAUUGGCGUGCCAAGGAAUCCCAAGAUGCUCAAGAGUGGCUAUUUACUCGUGCCCAACAGCGACUCUACGCGCUGGGUCAAGCGCUUCGUGGAGCUCAGGCGGCCGUAUUUGCACAUUCACUCGGCGACAGACGGCGAGGAAGUCGCCAUUGUUAGCCUCCGCAAUUCGCGGGUUGACAGCCAGCCGGGUAUCCUCGCGCUCCUGCAAGGCGGCACAAUUCACGACGGCGACAUGGAGAGGAGCCAGAGCAGCACAACAGACUUUGUUCCCGGGCACCGGCGGACGGCCUCCGGACGGGUCAUCUCGACUAUCUGGACAGGGACCGGCGGGGGCAGUCCGUCUAAGGGACAGGGUCUGCAUAGGCUGAGCGAACGGCUGCAGUCGGCCGUGUUUGCCAUAUAUGGUACGGACAACACGUGGCUCUUUGCGGCUAGGAGCGAGAGGGACAAGAUGGAUUGGAUAUUCCGCAUCGACCAGAGCUUUUUGUCGAAUGGCGAGAAUAGCCGAAGCGUAAGUCCGAUGCCGGGGCAGGUGAGCGGUUAUCCCGGCAGUGAUGCGGGAAGCAAUAUGUAA